AUAAUGCAUUCUUUUCUUCACUUUUCCGUAUGAAUUAGAGGGAUAUGAUUUUUAUUUCCGUGAGUUUCUGCCAUACUUUGGGGUGUUGCCUUCUUUCACUGUGUCUUCUUAUUAAGUGGUUCAUGUGGUUUGUUUUUCUGGUAGUGUGUUUUGUGGUUGAGUUUAGUGUAGUUCUGUAAUGCUAGCUGUGUAAUGUUUACAAGUGUCUUUUUUUAUGACCCCUCCCCCUUUUUAAGAUUAAUAAUGGCUUGUCUGAUGCCAGUGAUUGUAGACUUGUUGCACACUGUAUCAUAUAGUUAUUAUUGCAUGAAAGGAAAUGAACAUAGUUUCAAUUUAAUAUCCGAGAUAAAAUUUAUGAUACAUUACGAUGUUGAGAGCUAAAGUCACUCACUCUCCACUUUCUCAUUUCUUAGUAUUCAUUUGCUUCAUUUGUCAGAGAAGUGGAAGCUAAGCGAAGCAGAACAGUAAAUCGUAACCAGUGGCUUCAGAAACUCUGUGGAGGUAUUAUUUCAUAAGAAUAUUUCAGAUGGCCAGCUGUUCAGUAAAUUAUUCACUUUUUGUGGAACGUCAAGGUUCAUUGUCACGUUUUCUGCAGCUGAAUCUUAACCUGAGCCAGACAAAUUCAGGUGAUGAAAAACAUUAAGUGUUUAAAGUGUUGGUGAUGUAUCAUCAGAAGGAUGCUUCUUAGAUAGAAAAUUUUACCUAUGGUACAUAUUUAGUAACAUGAACAUAAUGUUUGCAUUUUUAGGAUUGAAAGACCUGAAUUUCUUUUAUGGAUAACCAUCUUGCAUGGUAACCUCUUAAAUAGACUGUAUUGACGUAAAUAUAGACUAAUGAUAGGAAGAGGCAUCUGGCUACAGAUAAAAGAAGUUAGCAAGGGGACACAGACAGGGGCUUGUGUUGACAGGGGGAGCCACACGAGUGGUGCCACUGGAUUUUCUCGACGUGGUGGAUGAACAGUGCCUGUACCUUUGCUGCCCCUACAUGGGUGAACUGAAGCUCUGCCUGUCAGGUGGGAAGGGCUCCUCUUGCAGAACAGUGAAGCACAUUACUCCAAUCUCUGCAUCAUUGAACAAGCCGUCUGCUGUGAGGCAAAUACAGUUGCUUCUGGAAGAGAGUUUCUUCCAUGGACAACCAGCAUCCACGCGCAAGACUGUGGAGUACGUGGCAGAGCGCGUUGCAUCCUGCUGCGUGAAACACGUCUGUAACAAUUUGCUUCUGAGUGUCAAGCAGCAGGGGGCUGCAGGUGUGGCUCAGCUUGUGUCAGCUAGCGCCAUAAUCGAUGCAGUGAACAGCAUAUCAGAAAUUGACGCAAAACAACUCAAGGAAUCACUGCUGAGGGAGGUGGCAUCCAUAGCUGACAGAUGCUGUGAUGACUUCAAGCUCCACUGUGAUGUCGGCAAAUAUUGCAUGCACCGGUGCAGACUUGCAUUGCCAGUUCUCUUGGCAGAUGAUGUUUUGGAGCCAGUGUGUAUCAUGUGUGCACAAAUUGCAGCCAGAAUCAGCCAAGAACGUGUCAAUACAUGGAUACAGUCGCACAUAACUCCAGGCCUGUUUAUGAAAGAUUUCCAGUUGGAAAUUGAGAAGGCAUUCCGAAAUGUUGGAAAGCUGGAUCACAGGAAUGAAAGUGUAUGUAAGUCAUCACAUGUAGUGCCUCUUGGUGGAAGGAAUGUGAAGCACAUGGACAUCGUUGAGUCUCCAGCCCGGGCCAUCAUGCGUAUGCAAAACAUGAUGUGGAGGUUGUUGGAAGGUGACAGCUGUUAUGUAAGUGAGCAGCAGGUGCUAUUGACGCUGGCUGUUAUUCAGGGCACCCUCCAUAACCGUGGAGAUUUGAUUCCAUCAGCUGAGAGAUUGCUACCUUCUAUGGUGCUGGAUCUGGCAGUAAUUCUAGUUGCGCAUCAUCCAGAUAUGAUGACAACUGGACUGAUGGAGCACUUUGUGAGUGUGUGGCAUGUCUGUGAGGAAUGUGAUGGUUUGACACGCCUCCUGUGUCCACGCAACAUGUUGCUGUUGUCACAGUCAAGACAUGCAGCAGGCAAAGUCUGGACGUGUUUGGCGGGGUUGUUGGCGUACUUGCUGUCAUGUGAGGUGCUGCUGCCUGACAAAUUGGAGCAGCAGUGUGUGGCACUGCUUCAGAGCACGUGGCCUCAGGAGAUCUUGAACCUAAUUGCCUUUUGCAUACGGGAAGUGAUGCGCCUGUACUGUGCGUCCAAAGAUUACAAGUUCACGCUGCUGAUGGAAUGGCUGUCAGAAAUGUGUGAUGACAUAGCAUUCUCUGACUGAACUGGUCAUACCAGUUACAAAUGUAACAUUUUAUAUUUUUUAAAAAUAAAUGUAUAUCUUAUAAUACCCCUGUCAAAGUGAUUCACUGGGGUUACUCAAUAUUUUCGUCUUAGAACAUUAAGUGGUAGGUGAAAUAUGCUCAUUUUACAUUUUGAGCUCUGGUAAGUGCCUAUCUCUGAUACGAUUAGGUUUGGCACUUGUUACUAUCCUGAACUAUGUCCUUGCUGUCAACCUUUCAUAAAAGUAUUUCCCUACCAUCUGUUUUAAUUUUAUCCUCAUAUCUGUUACAUUUAUGCAUGUGGUCCCUACCAAGAGCUUCCCUAUUAUCUUUCAAUGCAUUUAAUGUUUGUCUUGUGUGAACUACAUAUUAAAGUCUUUAAAACUCC